UCAAGGUAUUUGCUGUUAUGCACAAUAUUUUUUAGUGCAGCUAUUAGGAAAAAUCAUCUCUCCUCAUCGUCUGCUUUUAAUGAUUGAUCCAAAUGUCAACAAACAUCCAGUUUGGAGUGCGGGUCCAGACUCUGACUGCAUGUUUAUUUGGGCGCCAUUGGACUGAACAGGGUGGAUUUACACAUAACAUUUCUCAUAGAUAGCAAUAAUACUUUACAGUUUGCCUUUCUGCCUGUUUUUAUUAAGUGUGGAAGUGUUUUUGACAGGGUCUAAGGCACAUUAUGCGCUCCAAAAAACAUGUUUUUUAUUUGCCAGUUGGUGUUCUCAGUCUGUUGCUGCUUGCUGAAUGUAACCGUGAAAUCAGGCUGGUCGGCGAAGGGUUGUCGCGAUGCUCCGGCAGACUGGAGGUCUUCCACGCUGGCACUUGGGGGACUGUGUGCGACGACCACUGGAGCCACACAAACGCUGACGUGGUGUGCCAAGAGCUAGGGUGUGGCUCUGCCUUGGCGUCCAAAAAGAGUGCAAUUUUUGGAGAGGGAACUGGCCAGAUCUGGAUGGAUGAUGUGGAGUGCACCGGGAAGGAGCUGUCCAUCCUCAAGUGCUCACACAGGAUCUUUGGAGAGAAUAACUGUGGUCACAGUGAAGAUGUUGGUGUGGUUUGCUCAGAAAGCGUGAAAGUUACCCAAGGAAGCAAUCGGUGUAACGGCCAAGUGGAAAUCUACCUGGAUAACCACUGGAGAAAGGUGUGCAGCACGGACUGGGGCCAGGAAGAAGCCGAGGUGGUCUGUCGGGAGAUCCGCUGCGGAAAGCCUCUCACUUCUAAAGAAAUUCUGGAUUUUGGAAUAGUGCAUGAAGCCUCUGGGAUCCAAACCAAAUGCUUGGGGAACGAGACCUCCAUCGCUCAGUGCUCACAUCAACCGCUGCAGAAGGACUGCACCGUCGCCAGUGUGCAUUGCUCCAACACCCAACCCCUCCGAUUGGUCAAUGGGACCAACCGGUGCUCCGGCCGAGUGGAGCUCUUCUACGAGGGCCAAUGGGGGACGGUGUGCGAUGACAACUGGGGGAUGCAGGAGGCAGCUGUCACAUGUCGUGAGAUGAAGUGCGGCGCUCCGCUGGUCGCCACGCAAAACGCCUUAUUUGGUGUCGGCAACGAUCAGACGUGGCUGGAUGACUUGGAGUGUACUGGAAAAGAGGAGUCCCUGGUUCACUGCCCGCACAGAGGAUUUGGGCAGCAUGACUGCAACCACAAUGAGGACGCCGGCGUGAUAUGUUCAGAAACACUCAGAUUGACCAACGGAACCACGCAUUGCUCAGGCCGACUGGAGGUCUUUCACCACGGCAAAUGGGGCAAAAUGUGCAAUCACAACUGGGGUGCGAAAGAGGCCACAAUGGUGUGCACGGAACUCAACUGCGGACCUCUCCUCAAAACCACAGAAUAUUUUGGCGAAAGUGAUCUCAGAGCAUUCAGGGGGGCCUGUCCAAGAGAUGCCACCUCCUUCUCCCAGUGUUCCAUCGAGGAAACCUCCGACACGUGCAGAGGGGUGUCAUUUUCAUGUGCAGGUAGUCCAUCCCUAAAGCUCGUCAACGGCACAGACCGAUGCUCUGGCAGGGUAGAGGUCUACCACAACAGCCAGUGGGGGACAGUGUGUGACGAUUUCUGGGACAUCAAGGACGCGCAGGUGGUGUGCCGUGCCAUGGACUGCGGGACAGCCAUGAUGGCCAAACCCGGCAGCUUCUUCGGCGAAGGCAAAGGAGAGAUCUGGCUGGAUGACAUGGAAUGUGUAGGGAACGAGUCAUCCCUUGCCCAUUGCACGCAUUCCACAUUUGGAGAUAAUAACUGCGGUCAUAGCGAAGACGCCGGUGUGGUGUGUUCAGCCACCAUCCGACUGAUAAACGGCACCGACCAGUGUUCAGGGCGGGUGGAGGUGUCCCACAGCGAAGCUAUUUGGUCGUCUGUCUUUAACGUUAACUGGGGGAUGAACGAAGCGGCGGUGGUGUGCAGAGAGAUGAACUGCGGCGAUCCCGUGAAGACUUCGGCAUCAUUCGGCAGCAGCGGGGACUCGCGGGGAUACAAGGUCAGCUGCGGUGGCAGGGAGCGUUCUCUCACGCAGUGCACACUCACGGAUUAUGUCCGAAGCAGCCAUGAUCUCUUCGAGGAGGCCUCUAUCGUUUGCUCAGGGAACGUGAGGUUGGCUGGUGGACACAACCGUUGCAUUGGGAGAGUGGAGUUCUACGAAAAAGGCCAGUGGGGAAACGUGUGUGGUGAACUGUGGGACGUCCAGGACGCGCAGGUGGUGUGCAAACAGCUGAACUGCGGCAGAGCUCACCAAAUUACCACCAUGGCGGAGUACGGCCAGGGUUCGGGACACACCUGGAUCGAACAGAUCGAGUGCAACGGCAUUGAGUCUACGUUGGCCGACUGCCGCCAAACUCCAUUCCUGGACAGAAGCUGUAACGCCUCGUCCAUCGCUGGCGUUGUCUGUUCAGACAGUUUGGGGGUCCGCUUGGUGAACAGCGAAGUUGGGUGCACGGGCAGAGUGGAGGUCCAGCAAGGCGAGGUAUGGCACUCGGUUUGCGACGCCAACUGGGAUAUGAGCAAAGCCCAAGCGGUGUGCGAACAUCUACACUGCGGCUUUGUUACAAGCGCUCCCGGUGGGGCGCAUUACGGCCAGAGCAGCGGGCCCGUGAUGGAGGCGAGCGACUCGUGUUUCGCCAACACCACCACUCUUCAGCAAUGCUCGCGAGGGCGCUUCACUGAGUCGACGUGCGGACACGAGCAUGAUGCUGGUCUUUCUUGUGCAGCAAAGGUGAGAUUGGUGGGCGGCUGGAGUGGAUGUUCCGGCCGGGUGGAGGUCUUCCAUCAGGGCCAGUGGGGAACCGUGUGCGACGACCAGUGGGAUAUGGUCAGUGGCGACGUGGUGUGCAGACAGCUGGGCUGCGGUCACGCCGUGUCUGCCCCCGUCAGUGCCCAUUUUGGGAGAGGCAGCGGCCCGAUAUGGCUGGAUAACAUCGAGUGCAGCGGCGACGAGGCAGCCAUCACGCAUUGCAAUCAUCAGGGAUUCGGGGAAAAUAACUGUGGACACAGCGAGGACGCCGGUGUUAUCUGCUUGGGUUCCCUGGAGAAGCCUCAGGUCACAGUGAGUCCAUCAGUGGAGGUUAACUGGGGCGACAAUGUGGAGUUCACCUGCAGUGUCCUGACUGAGCACAUGGGUGGCACCUUUCUCCUGAAGAAGACCCAAGGAUCGUUUAAGAUCCAGAAGUAUUCGGAGAACGAAGCAGCCACUUUCAUGAUCCCCAAAGUGAACUUCAGCCACCAGGGGUCGUACUUCUGUGAAUAUCAAAAGAAGCUGUCGAAUAACGUCAUCUAUUAUCCUCAAGGGAAUCCAGUGGAGCUCAGCGUCAAAGUGUCGCUGGAGAAACCGUUCAUCUCCAUGACCACCUUCCAGGUAAUGGUGGUCUACAGCCCACAAGAGGUGUCGGUCACCCGAGGCAACAGCUUCUCCAUCACGUGCUCGGUCCACUCCUUGUAUUCUAAAGGCCUCGUCUACCUGAAGAACACAAACACAAACAGCUCAAUAGCAAAGCCGUUGUUUGGACACUCUGUCUUCUACCUGGCCUACUUCGAUUUCCCUGAGAUAGAGGAAAAACACCAAGGUGCGUACGUCUGCAUCUACUCCGUCAACAUCACCUCCAAGACUUUUUGGUCUGCUCCCUCCAAGUCGCUCUAUGUCACUGUCGUCGCAACAUCGUCUUCGUCGGUGGUCUCAGGACUUGUGAGCGGGUUGGUGCUACUGUUGCUGCUUCUCAUUGUGGGUUAUAUGGUGUGGAGGAGGCGGCGGCAGCAUGGUGGCACCAUGGUUCAGUUCAGUAACAGGCUUGUAGGAGCCUUGAAACCACAGUUUGACGACAGAGGCAACGGAGCACUUGAUGGCGGAGAUCGAAACCCGCCCGUUAGAGCGCGAGGAGCACAGCGCCUCCAGGAGGACAAGGUGCCGGACGUCGACUCUGAGAGCUCUGCGGAGAGGGUCCCCGAGGACCUGGCAGGUCGAGUGUGUUACGAGCUUGAACCGCUCGUUCUGUAGUGAUGGUGCUGCAAAUGAUAAGGCCUUGUUUACUUACAGAACACACCUGGUACUUCAUUAGGUACACCUGCAGAAUGUAUUGCCAUUCAGAACAAAAGUUGUGCCCUUUUAGAAGAGGACUUGUACUACAGCAAAAUUAAACCACUUCUUAAAUGAACACUCGACCUUGGUAAAGGUAGAUUUGUUGCAGUUCUGCUCUGCCUUUUCAAUCAAUCAAACAAUCAAUCAACGUUUAUUUAUAUAGCACAAGUGUCUCAAAGGGCUGCACAAACCACAAGGACAUUCUCGGUUCAGAUCCCACAUCAAGGCAAGAAAAAACUCAACCCAAUGGGAUGCUUUAAACUUUUUUACUUCAGCUUUCCCUCCUCUAUAUGUCAAGAGUACUUUGCUUUCUCUAAGAACCCACCUCCUCUACACUCGUCAAAGAUCCUCUCUAUCAAAACAGGCCCGGGGAUGAUACCAUACUGCAGGGGUCGGGAACCUUUUUGGCUGAGAGAGCCAAGAAGCCAAAUAUUUUAAAAUGUAUUUCUGUAAGAGCCAUAUAAUAUUUUUUUUAAUACUGAACACAACUAAACGCGUGCAUUUUUAAGUAAGACCAACAUUUCUAGACUACAAUAGGUCUCUUAUUCUUUGUAAUAACAUUGUUAUUCUGAAGCUAACUGUGGAGGGUGGCGUGGCCUGCGGGCCUGCAGCGAAGCGGGGUGUUGCCAGGAUCAGCCUCGAAAUCAGCGACAGGUGCAUAGAUGGCCCAUCUGGGCCUUGGUAUCUAAUCACCUGCCGCUCGGUUAUAAGCAGCAGCCAGGAGGAGAGACGGGGUUGGAGCUGGAGCCAAAGCACAAGCGAGGACGAAAGACAAAAAGACAAUUGCUCGAAAGCAACUGAGAGACUUAUUGAAAAAUAAAACAAUAUUGUAACCCUGAAACAGGCUCUCAUGUCGGUGCUUGGUGGUCUGAAGAACCCCCAGAAGGGCAAGCCCCACACUAACCAAUAGUAAAUAAAUAACUUCCUACCAUUAACUCAACUUCUUAAACAGGUGCGGUAGAAAACGGAUGGAUGGAUUAAAAAUGCAUGAGAAUGUUUUAUAUUUUGAACAUUAUUUUUAACACCGUGAUUACAAGUUGAAUUAUUCAUUACUUAUCGUGUUAAGCAAUGUCAGCUCAGAUUUAUCCGAGAGCCAGACGCAGUCAUCAAAAGAGCCACAUCUGGCUCUAGAACCAUAGUUUCCCUACCCCUACCAUACUGGCCCCCAAGUUCAGUUCCAGACUUGGGAGACAAAACAUUUUUGCAGCAAAUUUCGAAAAACACAAACACGCUCCUGUUGUUUUGAGGGACUUGGACCAAUUGCAACAGAUCCUUGCAUUGACAAUUUAACCAUGUUAGCAGACAUAGAACGCUGGGGUCCAAACUUGGGAUUUACAUAACUGAGGCGUUCCUCUAGGCACACCUUUAAGUUUUUCCUUUUAGGCGGGAAGACAUUUUUUUAGCAAUAUGAUUUACGUAGCCCUGCGAUGAGGGGGCGACAUGUCCAGUGUAUACCCCGCCUUCCGCCUGAUUGUAGCUGAGAGAGGCACCAGCACCCCCCGCAACCCCAAAGGGAAUAAGCGGUAAAAAACGGAUGGAUGGAUGAUUUACAUAACUAAGGUGGUGUUGUAAUUCGCUUACUUCUGAUGCAGUCAGUAGUCAUUUGUUCAACGUCUUUAGUUACACCUGUGGUGUUCCUUCCAUCCAUCCAUCCAUCCAUUUUCUACCGCUUAUUCCACUAUCGGGGUUGCGGGGGGCGCUGGCGCCUAUCUCAGCUAUAAUCGGGCGGAAGGCAGGGUACACCCUGGACUGGCCCUGCGAUGAGGUGGCGACUUGUCCUCAAGAUUCCUUUUUAAGUCCUCUCUUUUUCAUCAUUUAGGCUAUUCAACUGGUGGUCGCAGGUUCAAAUGAAAUAAUUUGUGAGAGUCUCAUUAUUUUUUGCAGCAGAUUCUUUAAAACACUAGAGUGCUGUCAUAGAGAUGAUCUUUGACUACUAUUUUUGCAGCAGGUCCUUAAAUACAACUGAGCUCUUCGGUACAUCCGACAAAAUAAAUGCACCAAAAUCAAAUGUCCACUGUUGAGGACGCUGGUUGUCCACAAUAUACGAAAUAAGACUAAUAGUGAAGGGACAAUCUCGGCCCCCCGGUCAUUAGCUUACUGAAAAUGUGGCCCCCAAAACAAACAGGCUUAAUGUUGCUGCGUAAGGGGGCUCAAUCUUGCCCGCUUAGUCAUUUUUUGAAAGUAAGAAAGAGCAUGUAUGGUGUGAACCUGGUAACUCUGGUUAGAGCAUAGGCGUGUACUGUGGUAAUUAGGUUUGUUGUUAGUAAUACACCUUUUGCUAGUUUAAGGCGUAGCCUGCCUUUUAACCUUUUUUUAUAGUUUUUUUUUGUUUGUUUGUUUCUACUCACCUGCACACCCAAAAGUGGUGGACAAAAGUAGUUUUUAAAGAGAAAUGGAUCACUUCCUAUUUAUUUACAGAGAUUAAUGCAAAGCCGCUGUGAUUGGUGUGUAACCAACAUGAGUCAGCGAAUAUAAUUUAGUAUUUGAUAUCACUUGUCAAGGCAAAAAGUACAACAUCUAGCAAGGACAUGCAUAGACAAGAAAAGAUGUAUUAUGUUAUUACGGUAUAUUUUUUGUUCCAAAUACCUGUGACUUAAAGUUUUUUGUAUUUGUGAAAAAUGUUGUCUUGAGAAAUCCGUGGUGGUUAAUGAUAUAUUUUGUAGAUGGAUAUUUAAUUGGAUGUGAAGAUUUUCCUAUGGACUUGUAUUUCUUUACACGAAGACAUCCAUCCAUCCAUUUUCUACCGCUUUUUCUCUUAUAAAUUGAUCCUUCCAUUAAUCAAAGAGAGCACAGUAUACCAAGUCAAAUUAUUUGUGUGAUAAAAAAUACUUGGCCAAUAAAUCUGAUUCUGAUUGUAGUGGUCCGACCCAGUGGACCUUUAAUUAUGGUUUAUUGUGGCCCGGGAACCAAAAUGAGUUUGACACGCAAUACCAAGUCUAUAUGACAGUUUUUUUUUGCUUUUUUUUAAGGAACCGGCUGCAAAACAUGUUCUUCUAGACUCUUGAAAAGAACUGUCGAUUAGAUUCUGCAGGUGCACCUAAUAAAUAGUCCAAAUGUUGACAUGCUCUUCAGUGUGUUUGCAAAACAAACGAAGAAGUGGUGUGGCAACUUUUCAGGAAAUAAAAUAUGUUUUUAAUUGCAAGUGAGAUGCAUGUUCCCAAAGCAGAUAGUUAACACCACAUCGACUAUAUAUUUACUUUGCUUUGUUUAUUGCUGCAUCAUGUUGUUGUUGCUGUUACAGUUGUCCAUGCCAACCAAUAAAUAUGUAUUUCUUUUACGUUGUCACAUAUGUACAUGUUUAUUUUAAAGCACUUUGUGUGUGUGUGUGUGUGUGUGUGUGUGUGUGUGUGUGUGUGUGUGUGUGUGUGUGUGUGUGUGUGUGUGUGUGUGUGUGUGUGCCAACAAGCCACAACUAGUCACACUAGUGGGUGUGCUCUGGCACUCAGGUAUGUCCCGUCCAAACCUGCUUACCUUGUCUACUUUCUCAGCAAAGCAGCACAGCACCUUCUUGUACCGGCCUUAACGCACAAACCUCAGGUUUAUUUGUUAAACAUGUCAGUUACUGUGUUUUUUUCCAGCGUGAGCAGUAACACAUUG